GCCCGGGGGCGCGCACGCAAAGCCCGGAGGCGCGCGCGACCGGCGGCUCCUUGGCGCGGAUUAGGGGGACUCGGCGAGGAAAGCUUUGUUGUAUAUGUUGGCCAGUUCUGAAGUCUUGAAGAAGUUCUGUGCUGAGGAAGACCAAAGCAGCACUCGUUGCCUAUUAGGGAAUGGACCGUUUGGGUUCCUUUAGCAAUGAUCCCUCUGAUAAGCCACCUUGCCGAGGCUGCUCCUCCUACCUCAUGGAGCCUUAUAUCAAGUGUGCUGAAUGUGGGCCACCUCCUUUUUUCCUCUGCUUGCAGUGUUUCACUCGAGGGUUUGAGUACAAGAAACAUCAAAGCGAUCAUACUUAUGAAAUAAUGACCUCAGAUUUUCCUGUCCUGGAUCCCAGCUGGACUGCUCAAGAAGAAAUGGCCCUUUUAGAAGCUGUGAUGGACUGUGGCUUUGGAAAUUGGCAGGAUGUAGCCAAUCAGAUGUGCACCAAGACCAAAGAGGAGUGUGAGAAGCACUAUAUGAAGCAUUUCAUCAAUAACCCUCUGUUUGCAUCUACCCUGCUUAACCUGAAACAAGCAGAGGAAGCAAAAACUGCUGACACAGCCAUUCCAUUUCACUCUACAGAUGACCCUCCCCGACCUACCUUUGACUCCUUGCUUUCUCGGGACAUGGCCGGGUACAUGCCAGCUCGAGCAGAUUUCAUUGAGGAAUUUGACAAUUACGCAGAAUGGGACUUGAGAGACAUUGAUUUUGUUGAAGAUGACUCGGACAUUUUACAUGCUCUGAAGAUGGCUGUGGUAGAUAUCUAUCAUUCCAGGUUAAAGGAGAGACAAAGACGAAAAAAAAUUAUAAGAGACCAUGGAUUAAUCAACCUUAGAAAGUUUCAAUUAAUGGAACGGCGGUAUCCCAAGGAGGUCCAGGACCUUUAUGAAACAAUGAGGCGAUUUGCAAGAAUUGUGGGGCCAGUGGAACAUGACAAAUUCAUUGAAAGCCAUGCAUUGGAAUUUGAACUCCGAAGGGAAAUCAAGAGGCUCCAAGAAUACAGGACAGCAGGCAUUACCAAUUUUUGUAGUGCCAGAACCUACGAUCACCUCAAGAAGACACGGGAGGAGGAGCGCCUUAAACGCACUAUGCUCUCAGAAGUUCUCCAGUAUAUCCAAGACAGUAGCGCUUGCCAGCAGUGGCUCCGCCGGCAAGCUGACAUUGAUUCCGGCCUGAGUCCUUCCAUUCCAAUGGCUUCGAAUUCAGGUAGACGGAGUGCACCACCGUUGAAUCUCACUGGCCUCCCUGGCACAGAGAAGCUGAAUGAAAAAGAAAAGGAGCUCUGUCAGAUGGUGAGGUUGGUCCCUGGAGCCUAUUUAGAAUACAAAUCUGCUCUAUUGAACGAAUGUAACAAGCAAGGAGGCUUAAGACUGGCGCAGGCAAGAGCGCUCAUCAAGAUAGAUGUGAACAAAACCCGGAAAAUCUAUGAUUUCCUCAUCCGAGAAGGAUACAUCACUAAAGGCUGAGGCUCCGAGGGCUUGGGAUCAGAAGUCAGAAGUUUGGAAUGUGGUGGGGUCAAAGGACAGUGUGGGUGGGCAUUCUGGAGAGUUUUGUUUUUCAGCUGAAUUCUCAUUGUGAAAAGAGGGGAAAGGACAAAGGAAACCUUAAGUUGUAUUAAGUCUACUUUCUUCUCCAUCCUGCUUUAAAACACUCCUGUUGUUGGUAUUGUGCUGCAGAGUUGUGUGCUAGAUAAGCUAUUAUUAAAUGUGAGUGGGCAUUCAUUCCUAACACCUCUUGUAACUAAAAGAACCAUAGUACCUCACUUCACAGUGCUGGUAGAAAUAGAACUAAACCACAGUCUUUAGUCCCAGGAGUCCAGCUCAGAUCCUUAUAUUGUGAGGUAAGUUUGCUGCUUAUCUGCCUUGCCUUGAAACACUGCGGAUAGAUUUAAAAUAAAGAGAAAGGUUUUAGAGCAUAAGAAAGCUCUUGUCUAAGGGUUUUCUAAACUGACUUUUUUUUUUUUUUUUUUUUUUUUGAGACAGAGUUUGCUCUUGUCGUCCAGGCUGGAGUGUGAUGGCGAGAUCUCAGCUCACUGUAACCUCUGCCUCCCGGGUUCAAGUGAUUCUCUUGCCUCAGCCUCCCGAGAAGCGGGGACUAUACAGGUGCCCGCCACCACGCCUAGCUAAUUUUGUAUUUUUUGGUAGAGACAGGGUUUUGUCAUGUUGGUCAGGCUGGUCUCAAACUCCUGACCUCAGUUGAUCCACCCACCUCGGCCUCCCAAAGUGCUAGGAUUACAGGUGUGAGCCAUUGCACCCGGCCUAAGCUGACAACUUUUAUGAGUAAAGGGGAAGAAAAUAUCCUUAUGAUAGUCUUAUCCCAAACUGCAUCUUUAACUUCGGCCGGGCGAGGUGGCUCGCCUGUAAUCCCAGCACUUUGGGAGGCAAAGGCGGGCGGAUCACGAGGUCAGGAGUUCGAGACCAGCCUGGCCAAUAUGGUGAAAGCCCGUCUGUACUAAAAAUACAAAAUUAGCUAGGUGUGGUGGCACACGCCUGUAAUCCCAGCUACUCAGGAGGCUGAGGCAGGAGAAUUGCUUGAACCCAGGAGGCAGAGGUUGCAGUGAGCCAAGAUCAUACUACUGCGCUCCAGCCUGGGUGACAGAGCGAGACUCUGUUUCAAAAAAAAAAAAAAAAAAACUUUAAUGUCUGGCUUUGUACUUUGCAGUCUGCCUGUCUAAUCUGCAGUAGUAGUCUUUUGAGGAGGUGGCACCGGAUAUAACAUGUCUCUGUUAUUUUUAGAAUUAAUUGAUUAAAAUGUUUUGCUAUUUAA